AUGCGUUUUCUUGGAUGGAAAAGCGAAAAUGAGAACCGCCACAAUCGCCACCAUCAUCAUUCUUUUACCUCUUCUCUAACGCAAUCAACAGAAUCCACCGACAAACUCGUAUCACUUUUUUUUCUUUUCCUUGCAGACUCGUAUCACUUUUUUCUCUUUUUUUUUCUUUUCUUCGCAGACUCGUAUCACUUUUUUUAUUUUUCCUUCGCAGACUCGUAUCACUUUUUUUUUCUUUUUUUUCUUUUCACUUUUUUCUUUUUCCUUCGCAGACUCGACUCGUAUCGUAUCACUUUUUUUUCUCUUUUUCCUUCGCAGACUCGUAUCACUUUUUUUUUUUUCUCGUAUCACUUUUUUUUCUUUUUCCUUCGCAGACUCGUAUCACUUUUUUCUCUUUCCUUCGCAGACUCGUAUCACUUUUUUUUCUUUUUUUCCUUCGCAGACUGUAUCACUUUUUUUUUCAUUCCUUUUUGCUUUUUUUUCGCAGACUCGUAUCACUUUUUUUUUUUUUUCCUUCGCAGACUCGUAUCAUUUUUUCUCUUUUUCCUUCGCAGACUCGUAUCACUUUUUUUUUCUUUUUUCCUUCGCAGACUCGUAUCACUUUUUUUUUUUUUUUCCUUCGCAGACUCGUAUCACUUUUUUUCUUUUUCCUUCGCAGACUCGUAUCGUCGCAGACUCUGUAUCACUUUUUUUUUUCUUUUUUUCGCUUUUUAUCCUUCGCAGACUCGUAUCAUUUUUUUUUCUUUUUCCUUCGCUGACUCGACUUCGCUGACUCGUAUCACUUUUUUUUUUUUUUUCGCCAGACUCUGUAUCUUUUUUUUUUUUUUCCUUCGCAGACUCGUAUCACUUUUUUUUUUCUUUUUCCUUCGCAGACUCGUAUCACUUUUUUUUUCUUUUUCCUUCGCAGACUCACUCGUAUCUUUUUUUUCUCUUUUUCCUUCAGACGUAUCACUUUUUUUUUUUUCCAUUCUUUUUCCUUCAGCUGACUUUUCCUUUGCAGAUCACUCGUAUCACUUUUUUUUUCUCUUUUUCCUUUUUUUGCAGACUCGUAUCACUUUUUUUUUUCACUUUUUCCUUCGCCGACUCGUAUCACUUUUUUUUUUCUCUUUUUCCUUCGACGACUCGUAUCACUUUUUUUUUUCUCUUUUUCCUUCGCCGACUCGUAUCACUUUUUUUUUUCUCUUUUUCCUUCGCCGAAUCGUAUCACUUUUUUUUUUUCACUUUUUCUUCGCCGACUCGUAUCACUUUUUCACACUUUUUUCGAAUCGUUUCACUUUUUUUCACUUUCUUCGCCGACUCAAUUAUCACUUUUUCUCAGUUUCUUUCGUUCAAUUUUUUUUUUUUUUUUCAUCUUUUUUAGUUUUUCCAUUCCGUUUUCGAUUCAUUAAUCAUUUCUCCCUUCCAAUGCAUAUGUCGCUUGUCUCCUCGACUCGUGUUUUUCUAUUUGUUUUUACCUAUUACAUUUCUCUCUCUUCUGACCUUCGCUUGCGUCCGAACUUUUCGUUCAUAAUUCUUUCUGAAGCUUGCCUUUUUUUUGAUUUUCUCCUAGUGUCGCCUAUUUUUAAUCUCGUCUUUGACUUGUAUUGA